GCGCGGCAUAGUCGCGUCACGUGACGAGGGCGACGCUCGCACGAGUGGGUAUAUUUUUCGUUUGGCUGAUUAAAGGGUUAUUUUCAGAAGAUGUCUUUGGAAAUUGAGUCGGCAGACGUUAUACGUCUGAUUAUGCAGUACCUGAAAGAAAACAAUUUGCAUCGCACAUUGGUCACACUGCAAGAAGAGACCACUGUUUCCUUGAACACAGUGGACAGUAUAGAAAGUUUUGUUGCUGAUAUUAACAGCGGUCACUGGGACACCGUCUUGCAAGCUAUACAGUCUCUCAAGCUACCCGACAAAACCCUCAUUGAUCUCUAUGAACAGGUCGUGUUGGAGCUAAUUGAACUCCGUGAACUUGGAGCUGCAAGGUCGCUGCUAAGGCAAACCGAUCCUAUGAUUAUGUUGAAACAGACUCAGCCAGAACGGUAUAUUCAUUUGGAAAAUCUCCUGGCGAGAUCUUAUUUUGAUCCUCGUGAGGCUUAUCCAGAUGGGAGCAGCAAAGAAAAGAGAAGAGUGGCCAUUGCCCAGGCGUUAGCUGGAGAAGUCAGUGUAGUACCUCCGUCUCGUCUCAUGGCUCUGCUUGCCCAGGCUUUGAAGUGGCAGCAGCAUCAGGGGCUCCUUCCACCAGGUAUGACCAUUGAUUUAUUUAGAGGUAAAGCAGCUGUCAAGGAUGUCGAAGAGGAGAAAUUCCCUACCCAGCUUAGCCGGCACAUUAAGUUUGGUCAAAAAUCCCAUGUUGAAUGUGCCAGAUUCUCUCCUGAUGGUCAGUAUUUGGUCACGGGGUCAGUGGAUGGAUUUAUAGAGGUGUGGAACUUUACUACAGGCAAAAUAAGAAAGGAUUUGAAAUACCAAGCUCAGGAUAACUUCAUGAUGAUGGAUGAUGCUGUACUCUGCAUAUGCUUCAGUCGUGACACUGAAAUGUUAGCUACUGGAGCUCAGGAUGGUAAAAUAAAGGUGUGGAAGAUUCAGAGUGGACAGUGCUUAAGGCGCUUUGAGCGAGCCCACAGCAAAGGUGUCACCUGUGUAAGUUUCUGCAAGGACAGCAGUCAGCUCCUUAGUGCCGCAUUUGACCAGACAAUCAGGGUUCAUGGCUUAAAAUCUGGAAAAACACUGAAGGAAUUCCGUGGUCAUUCUUCCUUUGUAAAUGAGGCAACCUUCACACAAGAUGGACAUUAUGUCAUAAGUGCCUCCUCUGAUGGCACAGUCAAGGUCUGGAAUAUGAAGACCACAGAGUGCACCAACACCUUCAAGUCUCUGGGUGCGACAGCUGGUAGUGACAUCACUGUGAAUAAUGUUAUCUUGCUACCCAAGAAUCCUGAACAUUUUGUAGUGUGUAACAGAUCCAACACUGUCGUCAUUAUGAACAUGCAAGGGCAGAUUGUAAGAAGCUUCAGCUCUGGUAAGAGAGAAGGUGGUGACUUUGUGUGCUGCACUCUGUCUCCUCGAGGAGAAUGGAUCUACUGCGUUGGAGAAGACUUUGUGUUGUACUGCUUUAGCACCGUAACAGGCAAACUGGAGAGAACUUUGACGGUGCACGAAAAAGACGUCAUUGGCAUUGCCCACCACCCACACCAGAACAUGAUUGCCACUUACAGUGAAGAUGGCCUGCUAAAACUUUGGAAACCCUAAACCUUUGAUUUAAAGGACUGAACUUUUUAAUUUUUAUGUCCGGAUGGGACAUUAGUGAAAUCUCUUUUCAUAUCAUUUAUUUUAUAGUAGUUUUGUUUUUGUGUAUUGUGAUUUUUUUUUUUUUUUUUUCCACUAACUUUUGUGCUCUUUAUUUUCCAGAUUUUUGUGUCUGGUAAUAAAUGGAGUCUAUCCAAGUGUGUUCAGGA